UACAGGCAUCAGCCACCACGCCUGUCCUAGCUACUGGUUUUCAAUGACAGGCCUCGAACCAAGCCCACCAUUCACAUUAGGUAAUCUGUGCUUUUCCUCACUCGGGCCAGGGGCUGGGGAGCUUUAGGCAAGAUGUCCAUAGACUUGUGGCCAUUCUGAUGCAGGAGUGGCUUUUUAAGAUUAAACACUUACCAGUUUGUUUUCUGUUUUGGGUCAUUUUCCAGUACCCAGAAAUUGUUGUUCUUGACAAUUUUAUCUAGUUUUCUACCUGUUUUUUUUUUUUUUUUUUUUUUCCAAAAGGAAAUUGGCCAACUCCUUAGACCCUUCUAAGGUGAAUCUUGGACUGGAUCGGUUUCAUGUUUCUUCCACUUCAAUGCUUUAUUGCCCACAGCUUUUGAUUUGGAUCAGAGACGUGCUGAUAUUAGGAGGCUGGCGUAGGCACAUGGACGGAGAGCUGAAUUUUGCAUAAGUCACCUCAAAUGCACAAAAAUAAAUGGGAGAACCAGUGAUGCUGAACGCUGAACUGGGCAUUUCAGAGCUGGGGUCUAGUCUCAGUCCAGCCUUGACAAAACCUCUUUGAGGUUUUCUAAAAAAGUAUCUAACAAAGGAUUCCCCAAGCCUCCCCAACAUGUCCCACUGUUCCCAACUUCUCCCCAGGUCCUUUCCCGACUUCUCCUCUGCCUUUCUCAUGGGCCUGUGACUGUGAGGGUGAAAAUGGCUGAAAUUAACUUUCACUUCUGCUCAGACAUCUGGAACCCAUGAACAAAGUCACUUCCUUGUUUUCUUUCUGAGUGGCUGCUGGAAUUCUUUGAGAGAGAGAGAGAUAGUGAGUGAGUGUGUGUGCGUGUGUGUGUGUGUGUUUGUGUGUGUGUGUGUUAUUGUUAUUUUACAACCUCUGUCUUCUGGGGUGGACAGAAAGGUAAUGUUUUAUCCUGGAUCACAUAAGGGCCAGCGCACCUCCCUGCAGAUUCUCACAUCCCCUCUCACUCUAACCUUGGGUAGAUGGAAAAUGGAUUUUCUUUGUAGGAAGCUGGAUUUCUUGCUCCCCACUAUAUUCUCUAUACCCUGAAGUCCAAGUAUAUUAUAGUUGUCCAAAAGCAUCUAUUUAGGACCCACUGACAAAAUGUUAGAAAUGGUUCAGGCAACCUCACAGCAUCCUGGUUCAGCAAAAGACUCAGCCCAGGGAUCUGUCUCUGAGAGUCUGUAGGAGUCUUAGUCAUGAAUCAUGUUCAAAGCCAUCUCCUUGGCAGCUUCCCUCAGUGACCCCUGAUAGAAUUUUGCCCCUGCCUCUGGUCUAGCACUGUGCCCCAUUGAGGACUCAGUGGCUGCAUCUGCCGUGCUCCACUGCAGUGAUCUGCUUACCAGGCCCCUUCCCCAAGCUUCUUAGGCUGAGGCCCUCAGAGGAGGAUGGAGCGUAGCUGUAUUGGUAUCUCCAGCCUCCAGCGGGUGCUUACCACAGAGCAGGUGUUCAGAAAACUGUGCUGCGUUAAUCUAAUUGAAGUAAGAAGACCAAGUCAUCUCAUCUCAAAUCAGUCACUUUUUAAAUCAGAAGCUCACAGAGUUUGGAACUCUUUCAACUUGUGUUUCAUGGUUGGAUCCGCAUAGUAGGUAUCAGGAGGUGAAUGUAAGAGUAAAUUAACGGGAGCCGCCAUGGACCGAGCAGGCCCAGGAUUCUGGACACUGUUCUGAGCCCUUUGCUACCUCGCAGAGAAGAUCAGAUCUGGGACUUAAAGCAGUUAGUCACAUUCACAUCAGCUUCCAGGUAUUUGGAGUCUAGUAUGUGCUAAAUAUGGUAAUAGAUGCUUUUGAUGUAUGAAUCCAUUUAUUCUCACAAAAACCCCGGGGAAGUGAAACAGACUAUUUCCACAGUGUCUUAAAACCCCAGAACUCUGUGUUGCUGCCUCUAUUGACAUAAGCACCUGUCAAAGCUGUAACUCACAGCUCAGUAUUGACUUAGUCCACUGCAAGGAAAUGAACUCCAUGAGGAAACUGAGACUCUGGACCGUGCGGUAGAAGCUGGCCUGUCUGCGCACCACACCUACUCUCAAGGAUCCAAGACCAUGAAGGGAGAAGAGAGAGCCCACUGAGUGGCUUCCUCUGAUAAGACACCGGUGGAAAGGAGCCAGCUCACUGGAUGGUGUUGGAAGAUGCUGGUUGUCGCUAGAAGUCUGCUCCACUGUAAGGGUGCCGGGAUUUGAAGAGCUAUGGUGCAACACCACUGAAGCAUUGCCAAGGAUGGGGAUGGUGAGCAGCAAAAGGCAGGUCAAGGAGAAUGACAAGGGCCGAUGGAGCCCCCUGAAGGCCAGAGCCCAGGACAAGGCCCCCCCACCACUGCCACCCCUGGUUGUCUUUAACCACCUUACUCCUCCACCGCCCGAGGAACACCUGGACGAAGACGAGCAUUUCGCGGUAGCCCUCUAUGACUACGCCGCCGUGAAUGACCGGGACCUGCAGAUGCUGAAGGGGGAGAAGCUACAGGUCCUGAAGGGAACUGGAGCCUGGUGGCUGGCCAAGUCGCUCGUCACAGGAAGAGAAGGCUAUGUGCCCAGCAACUUCGUGGCCCGAGUGGAGAGCCUGGAAGUGGAGAGGUGGUUCUUUAGAUCACUGAGCCGCAAGGAGGCGGAGAGGCAGCUUCUGGCUCCAGUCAACAAGGCCGGCUCCUUUCUCAUCAGAGAGAGUGAAACCAACAAAGGUGCCUUCUGCCUGUCUGUGAAGGAUGUCACCGCCCAGGGGGAGCUGAUCAAGCACUAUAAGAUCCGCUCCCUGGAUGAGGGGGGCUACUACAUCUCCCCCCGGAUCACCUUCCCCUCGCUGCAGGCCCUGGUGCAGCACUAUUCUAAGAAGGCGGAUGGUGUCUGCCAGAGGUUGACCCUGCCCUGUGUGGGCCUGGCCCCGCAGAACCCCUGGGCCCAGGAUGAAUGGGAAAUCCCCAGGCAGUCUCUCAAGCUGGUCAGGAAACUCGGGUCUGGACAAUUUGGCGACGUCUGGAUGGGUUACUACAAAAACAACAUGAAGGUGGCCAUCAAGACACUGAAGGAGGGAGCCAUGAGUCCAGAAGCCUUCCUGGGCGAGGCCAACGUGAUGAAGACCCUGCAGCACGAGCGGCUGGUCCGGCUCUACGCUGUGGUCACCAAGGAGCCCAUCUACAUUGUCACCGAGUACAUGGCCAGAGGAUGCCUGCUGGAUUUCUUGAAGACGGAUGAAGGGAACAGAUUGUCACUCCCAAGGCUGAUCGACAUGUCGGCCCAGAUUGCUGAAGGGAUGGCGUACAUCGAGCGCAUGAAUUCCAUCCACCGCGACCUGCGGGCGGCUAACAUCCUGGUGUCUGAGACCUUGUGCUGCAAGAUUGCUGAUUUUGGCUUGGCUCGGAUCAUCGACAGUGAAUACAUGGCCCAGGAGGGGGCCAAGUUCCCCAUCAAGUGGACUGCCCCAGAAGCCAUCCACUUCGGGAUCUUCACCAUCAAAGCAGACGUGUGGUCAUUUGGAGUCCUCCUGAUGGAAGUCGUCACUUACGGGCGGGUGCCAUACCCAGGGAUGAGCAACCCCGAGGUCAUCCGCAGCCUGGAGCGCGGCUACCGCAUGCCGCGUCCCGACACCUGCCCGCCGGAGCUGUAUCGCGGCGUCAUCGCCCAGUGCUGGCGCAGCCGGCCCGAGGAGCGGCCCACCUUCGAGUUCCUGCAUUCAGUGCUGGAGGACUUCUACACGGCCACCGAGCGGCAGUACGAGCUUCAGCCCUAGCCAGCCCGAGCCCGCCGGCGACGCGUGCCCACCGCUGCGCGGACGACCUCGCAGUUCCGUGCCAGCACCGACGUGCAGUGAAGGCACCGGGAAACCAGAGGGCAGAGGCAGCUCUGCAGGGGGGGUGCCCGGACAGACUCCUUCCCCGGCUGUGCGCCCUCGGGUGAGUUACGCGGCCUCUCUGUGCCGCCCCAUUUGUAAAGAGGGCUGUGUCAGUGACCUGGCACGGGCACCCCGAGUACUAAGUUAGCCCCCUAAGGUGUUUGGGACUAGUAAGCAACUGAUAAGGCCCCAGUGCUGGGCCUUGACCGAGGAGUCACCGCCGGUGGCCACGUCCAGGCCGCCGCGCCCUGCGAGGACCUCGCCCUGUGCCUCUGCAGAAGCUGGAAUGGGUCCCCACCCCGCCACCCGACGCCAGCAGGGGCAGCCCCAGCCUAGGCUGCGCUCUGGCACUGCGGAGCUUUUCCAUAAUAAAGUCACGAGCGUUCGA